AUUGCUUGAUGAACUGUUAUAGGUCCCACUGGGAUAUUUAUGCAGCAACAUCAUUAUCAGGCUAUACCGCAGAUCAGUGCUGCAACUUUGAUAUCUCUCGAAAAAGCAUUUGUUAAUUAUGACAGUCCUUUGCAGAGAAGUUCUCUGUUUAGUUCUGAUUUUGAUGGUGGCAUGGAUUAUAAAUCAAGCAUUUUAACCAGAAGAGAACUGCAUUCUUCAUCAAGCAGUUCAAGUUUUCCUACUAUGGAUGCAGUAAGGUCUCCCAGCUCAGGAAGUAGAUUGACAUCACUAAUUCAUCCUACUGAUAGUCUUAUAUUUUCAUAUGGAGCUAGUGGUGAGCAAGAAUGGACUCCAGCUAUUACUACAGGAGUUGAUUGGAAAUCACUUGUUAUUCCUGCGUGCCUGCCUAUUACAACAGACUACUUUCCUGACCGACGAAGCUUGCAAAAUGAUUAUGUUUUGUCAGAUUAUUCUUUACUGCCAGAAGAUAUAAUAUCUGAAAAUGCAAGACCGAGGUACUUUCAAAAUGAUGAAGAUCAGACACGUCGCUCUUUAACAACACCAGAAGUGUAUAAAGAACUUAUCUGCCAGAGACUGCAGCAGGGUUUCCAAAUUAUACUGCUUUCAAAACAACAUACUCCAUAUUCUAUGAAUCAAGUCAGUUCCAGCCCUCAAUAUACCUCUGCAUUAUUUAAAGGACAGCAAAAGUCUGAGACAUUGGAAGAAUAUUUACUUAGUAUUGGGAGAAUAUUUCACAAGCUAAAUUUGGAUGGUCCUAGGAUUACUGUUACCCAGUACAGACCUCG